CCCAAAGAACACAUUCAAGAACUCACAUGGCCCGAAGUUCACAGCCUUUAUCACGAAGGCCAUGAAAACGUCCUUGCCGUUAUAGAUCUUAUCGUUACCCUUCCGGCCAGUUCUUCUGCAAAUGAACGGGGCUUCAGUCAGAUGAAACUUACGAAGACUAGCAUCCGAAGCAGACUGUGCAAUGCGACUCUUAAUAAUUCAAUAGCAAUUCAGAUGUUAACGCCUGGUGAGAAAGCGAGCCAGAUUAGAGUCAAACAUUAACCUUUCAGACCCAGGAUCCGUGGAAGUUGUGGAACAUACCGCCGCCAUUCUCAAACCAGCAGCUCAACAGAACGUACCUGUUGAACAAGACGAGGAGGCCGAGGAGGAAGUCAUCUUCAGUGAAAAGAGGGAUGACGAUUUUGGAGAUGACGUCGAAGGAGUGGUGUCUGACUAUGAGUCAGACGCCGAGAUAACAGAGGAAAUUAUUUUACAAAAACUAGAUAAGCUGUAG